CCCCGGGCUCCCGGGAACGUCAGCACGCCGCCGUCUCCGGACCUGCUCCCCGCCAACCCCAUUGGUCGGAAGGAGAAGGCUGGCCCUCCCCAUUGGCCCGGCCCUCAUAUUGAACCGGCCAAUGGGAACUGCGGUUUCAGGUCGCCAUAGAGACCGAUGCUGUUAAGAGCGAGAGGGCCUGAAGAAGGUGGGGAGUGAGGCUGAAGGUGUCUCAGGCUUUGGGAGCGGGAGGGGCUGUAGGGAAGAGGUACAUGGGGAUUCCUGCAUGCUGGCUUUGAAACCUGAGGCAGCUUGUGCUUUGGCUUCCUGCCAACCCCAGCUGUGCAUGGUAGGGUUUGUCCCUCAUCAAACCUCGAAUCCAUGAGAGUCUAGGAGUGGGCAUUUCGCUUUUCCUGCGACCGGGAGCCCCUGAGACGUUGCCCUUUGACCUUUGACAUGUGUGCAGCUUCUGCUACUCCAGAUAUGGAGGACUUGAAUAAAAGAGAUCAAUCAUUCAUGACAAUUCAGAAAAACGAUAGCUCAGAUAAUCUGGUGUUCCAUAUGAAAAAUGGAAUGAGAAACAUCAAGUAUAAACCAGUAGACUAUCAACAGUUGCAUGCAUUAACGGAAGCAAAAAAAUUAGCUUCUGCCUCUACAGAGCUAAAGAUCAGGAAAGCAGUGGAGACUUCAAAGAUAUCUAAGGAACAAACACUACUAAAACAACACAAGCAAGUGUGGUGGCAGGAACACCAACGGCUAACUGAUAUCAGAUGUAAAGUGGAAUCUGAAAUAAAAUCCUUUCUCAGUGAGGAAAACAUUGGAAAUGAAUGUCUUUCUGACCUUCUAAAUUUUGAACAAGAGUUAUCAGAACAAUGGUGCACAUUUCUUAAGUAUGUGAUAAGUCCUAUUCAGCAACUGAGAGCAGAUCUAAAAUACAGACAGCAUCACAUUUCACAGCAUUCAUGCUCACAUAUUGAGCUUAACUCGGUGAAAGUACUGGAAGAGAUUGACUUCGUGAAGAAACAAUUGAAAGCUGUCUUCGAAAGUCUUAGUCUGGAGCAACAGAAAAUAGAAAAUUAUCUUUCAGACUGGAGUAUGAAGAUACUAGAUUAUUCUUCAGAAGAAAGAAGUAACCUGCCUAGUGAACUGCCUAUGGAAUUAGAAACUUUGGAAUGCCCGUACCCUGAUUUGAAAUCUUCAAUUCUUCAUGAGUUCUGUAACUUUACAGAGAAUUAUCAAAAGAAACUUCAAGACGUUGAUCUGCAGUUAGAAGACAUAUCCAGAAACUUCCAGUUAAGUGAAGAAGACCACUGGAUUUACCAGGCUGUUUUGGAUCAGUAUCCUGGAGAGCUCUGUAACAGAAGAACUCUGUAUCUGAACAUGUUACAAAGAUAUUUUCCUCACAGAUCUAGGCAUGAUUUGGUGGAACAUGAGAAAUAUUGUGAUCAAUAUCGCUUUGCCAGGGAGCAGCGAAGGAUCCUGAUAUCAAAUUGGAAUAAGAACAGGAGAGACUUUAUCCAGAAGGCUGUGCUGACCCUCACUGAGGCCUGUGCAACACAUGCAAUGGAGGACACAUUGGCUAAGGACAGGAGAAAGCAGCAGGAACUGUGUGCUCAUCUGAAAGCCAAGGUUCUUCAAUGGCGAGCCCACCAGGAAGAGGUAGCACGAUUGGAAAUGGAAAUUUCUGCCAGAAGAAGAGAAAAGGAGAAGGAGAAAGAGAAGCUUUGGAAGGAGAAGGAAUUGUUACAAAGAGCAGAGAAGAAAAAGAAAAUAAGAAAAUACUGGGCUAAAAAAGAACAGAAAUGGCAAGAAAUGGAAAUAAGAGAUCUUCAGUGUCUGGAAGAACUGAAGAAAUUAAUGGCUGAACAGUCAGUGAAAGACAGAGAAAGGGUUAAAUAUAGACAAGAAUUACUGGAAAAGCGUUUGAUGGAGAAAAAAGAAGUGGCCCUUCGAGACGCUCAUGAAGAAGAGGAGAGAGAGAGGCGUCUAGAAGCCCUUAGGAAACAGGUUGCUAUUGUCGCUCAGUUUGAUCCCGUUAGAAUGAUGUCAGAUACAACGGCAUCGAAAGCAAGGAUGGGUAUUGGAAUUGAAGAAGAAUUUAUUCUUCAAAAGCCACUCUUUACAUUGAAUACAUACAAUGAAUACCAGAUAAUUUCUGACCCUAGACUCCGUUUUGAGUUAGCACUUCGAGAAGCUGGACUUCAUAAAACAUUUUAUGCCAAAGAGAUAUUACCAAAAAUCAGUCCUCAAAAACCUCCAAGAAAGGACAUGGAGUCUACUGUAUUUAAAAUAUAGUUCAUCUGCAAAUCCUAUUACAUGAUAACAAGAUCAGGAUAACAGCAGUGACUUAUAGGUGUCCGUGGCUACCUUUCAAGCAGUUUGUACACCUAUCAGACAUCAAAGGAUCCAAGGGCUAGAGCUCCAGCAGCAGGAGGGAAUGAAUCUUACAGCAAAGGAAGGCUUAACUCUAAGGCUUUGCCUCUUCCUGUUUGGACAGUUCAGAGAUCCUCUGGGGCCCGUUAGCAAUUCCAAGCCAUCAGUGUGGUCAGGGAAUGAAGGAACCAGAUGAAUUUGCCAUAGUCAUUUUUCACGGUAAAUGAGAAUUAAUGGCCAUUCCUUCCAUUCAUUUGUUCAUUCAUGUAGAAAAUACUUAUUGAAUGACCAGAUGGCAGAUAUUAUCCUAAGGACUGGGGGUAUAGCAAGAAAACUACAAACAAGGUCCCGCGUUCUCAUGGUACUUAUAUUUCUAAUGGAGAGAGAUGUUAAAUAUACACCUCUAACUCAUUAAUAUAUGUAAAAUAGCAUAAAAGUUAAUAUAUAGAGAAACCAGAAUAUAAUUUAUAGUGGUGAAUGUGAUGCAGAGAAAUGGAGUACAAUGGGUGAGUGAGUUGAGUUGAGGUCAUCAUACAAGGAAGGCUUGCUGAUGAAGUGAGAUUUGUGGUGAGAGCAGAUAUGAAUCAUAAGAUAAGAAGUGGUAAUCCACUUGGACACAAGACCUUCUUCUCCCCGGGGGAUGAAGAAAGAUCCAAUUUUGCAUCAAUCCAAAUUCAGCAAGUGACUCCUCUGAGUUAGAACAAUGGCCUCUAGAAGACCCUUGUUUAAAUAACAAGCUGUUUAUGAGUUGAAACCAUUAGCUAUCACCAACUUUGUAUGAAGUCAGAGUGGUUAUAUAGGCAUCUGGUGAUAUUCAAAGGACAGAAAAGGCCAUUAGAGAAAGUGGUCUGGACAGACAGGGUGGGGGUGGCCAUUACUAACAGUAGGAACAGAAUGGCAGGGGGCUGGGGGAGCAGGAGAAUAGGUCUGGGAGGCCAGCCACAGCCUGUGGGCUCUGAGCCAUUGCUACCAAGUGAAAUACGUUGUCCAGUGGUACUUAACCACUGGUGUCUUCUCCCUAAGUUCCUCCAUGUUAAAGCAGCCUCUUGUGAAGGCUCUCUCAGUUCCGCACAGCAAGCUUUCUGCAUUCACACAGAGCUUUUCCGAGCUUCACUGCUGUGGGGGAAGAAUGUUAUAAAGUGGUGAUUAAAGAUGGGGACAUGGUGGCAUUGUAUGCAUUGAGAUUUGACCUGCUGGUCAAUCUGCCGGGGGCACUGUAACAGGAAUUCACCUUGAAAACAGUGGCGUCUGAAGGAGCUAAGAGUUCCCAUCACUACAGGAUGAGAGCUACAGAUGCAACCUGUAGGGUGAAUGUUGGCAGUCCAGAAGAUGUCGGCUCAGGGCGAGAGCUGCAACAGAGGCUCAGAAGCUAGGUGCUGGAAGGCUGGGAUCAGCUACCUAUGGGUCCAGAGCCGCAGGGAAAGGAAAGGUCGGCAGGGCUCCCAGAGCUACAGGAAGCAGGAGAGAAAAG